AUGUCGUACCUGUCGACGUUCGAAGGGCAGGAGGACGCGCCGCUGGCCUGGCUUCUCUCCAACGACUGCGUGGCCGACACACCAGGGAUGCGCCUCAAGGUCUACAUCCUCUCCGAGGCUGACUCGCUCACCAAGCUCAACGAAAUGUUCAACCUGGGCGGCCGCCUGAAGGACGCCCACAUCACCGCCAGUUUCGAGGGCAUCCGCGAGUUAUGGUAUCACCUGUUCGGCCUCAGCGGCUCGGACCUAACCGCCAACGACAAGGUCUACGUCGACAAGAUGAAGUGCGUUUUCGUCUAUGAGAUGCGCUCCACGCACGGCUCGGAGCCCGACCUCGAUGUCAAGCUCCACAUUCCAAUGUGGCAGCUCGAUAAGUCGGAUGGGCAGCUCAGCGAGGUGAUGGCUUCUUGGUUCGAGAGCCAUGGUCAUCCUGAUCUCGCCGCCAGGUAUAAAUCCGACUUGAACAAAGCAUUUCCCAAGCACGGAAUUACAGAAAAUAUGGGUGUAGGAACCCAUACUUGGAUGUCCAUCACCCACACGCCGAAGACGGGGCUUUACAUGACUAUGUAUCUCAGCCCGAAACUCCCCGAAGUCUACUACUGA